AUGGACUCCGAGAGACGCCGUAUGGGGUUCGGGUGGGCAGUUCGGGACGCCUCUGGUGUUUUAUUGGGUAUGGCUAUGCUUACAAUGGAGGGGCUUUACUCGGUUAAGGAGGUGGAAGCUAUGGGCGCGAGAGAGGCCCUAAGUUGGUUGAAGGCUAAAGGGUGGCAAUCUGUGAUCCUUGAAACUGAUGCUCAGGUCGUCACUAACGCUGUGCGUGGUGGGAAGAAUUUAACUCCUUUCGGGGCUAUUAUCGAUGACAUUCGUAGUUAUUUGAACGAUUUACCGUAUGUUCAUUUUCAGUUUGUUAAACGUAGUGGUAAUAUGGUCGCUCAUACUGUUGCUUUUCAUGCUUUACAUUACUCGGCUGGGGGUUUUAGUGAGUGUUUUACUUCUAGCCCUCGGUUCCUUUCUGCUGUAAUGUAUAGCGAUUUCUCGCAUUAA